AAAAAAUAUCUACGCAGAAAAAAAAACACAGCUCAUAUCUCUCUCUCACUUCUCUCUCUUCUCUCUCUACCUCUGCAGAUUUUUUCUACUGCAAAGAGGAGACAAACCCACCCCAAAGAGAGAGAAGGAAGACGAAGAAGAAGAAGAAAACUCUAAAACCCCAACGAAGUCCUCUCUAUGGAGUACGAGAAGCCUCCCUCUGCUACUACCUUCUCCAGGAAGAUGACUAGCCGUAGCCACAGCCACAGCCUCAGCUUCAGCGCCAAUGCCGUAUACGACGGCGUUUUCUCUUCUCCUGCUAACACGAAGUCUCCUCUCGUCGAUUACGGCGAGAUAUUCCGCGGCUCGGGUCCUUCUCCGUCUUCGAUUCCGUUUCUCGAUGUCCCUGAGCUCAACGUUGGUAAGGUUAAAGUCGAUGUAAGGAGCUCCAAGCUCGAUUACGGUUCGGUGUUUGGAGGGUUCGGAGGUUGCGGUGAUUUCGCUGUUACUCCCAACGAAGUGAUCGUUAGGCCUGAGAAGAAGGAAAGAAGGAGUCGUAGGAAAGGUGGAAGCUCUUCUGAUGAGGUCAAGAAUCUAACUUCUUCGCCUGAGAUGGUUAGGAUGAAGCAUUCUGAUAUAUUACUACACCAGACAAAAGAGAAUGGGACAGCUCAUCUUACUCAGGUUCAAGCUGUGUCUGGUCCUAGUCCUACUCAGGUGGUUGGUGAGGUUAGUCCGUUGCAGAAGAUUGUCCAGGGCAGUGAGAAUGGGACUACUCGUUCUGCUCAGGUUCCUUUCGUGGCUGCUCCUACUCAAGUGGUUGAUAAUAUUAGUCCGUUGCAGAAGAUUGGCCAGGAUGAGAAGGGGACUACUCGUUCUGCUCAGGUUCCUGUUGAGUCUCCUCCCACUCAAGUGGUUGAUAACACGAGUCUGUUGCAGAAGGUUGAGAGUAAAACACCUAUUCCAUCAGUUGAGGAAGUUCAGGCUUCUAGAAAGCGGAGAUCUAAAACUGAGGUGGAUUACGAGAAGAUCUUUGUUCGAGAUGAAAGCACUACGCGUGGUGACUCCACGUGCAAGACUGAUUCUAUUGCUGAGCGUCGGGAUGUGAAACCACCUUCCAGCUUGCUGCAGCGUACACUCAAUGGAGCUUCUGAAAGAUUUAUGGGUUUCAGUUCAGGGCUUCCGGAGAGGUAUCAUCAAGCUGAAGAUGAUGAUGAUUCUCCGAGUUCACCUCCAUUCUUUGAUGCUGAAACAGAUAUAGAUUCUUCUGCUGCUGAGUCUUCCGCGGCGUUGAAAAAGGCUUUAGAAGAGGCUCAAGUGAGAAUGAAUAUCGCAAAACAAAUGAUGGACAGGAAAAAAUCAGGUUUUCGUAGUUCCGCUAAACUGAAAACUUGUGAUGAGUCCCUUAAAGUUGAAGUAAAAACCGAAGCUGUGGUAAGUUCUCAAGUUGAAGACAAAAGGGACGAAAAAGUUGAAGAAAAAACAGAAGAAAGCAGUUCUCAAGUUCUUGGUGAAGCGGUGAACUCUUCUGAACAAUCAUUCUCAAACGAGGGAGAUCAACAUGCAAAGAGAGCACGGAAGCAGUGGGAUGUUCCUGAAGGACUUUUAAAUUCAACCUCAGACCAUAAGCAGCAAGAGGUCGAAGAGGUGAAGCUAGAGGAGGAACAAGCCAGAAGAGCUCGAAAACACUGGGACUUACCUGGAGGGAUAUUCAAAUCAGUUAUGAAGAGUAAGCAGCAGGAGCCAGAAGGCCUUGCACCAGCCAAAUCUGAAACUGAUACGAAACAAGAGGCGCAACCAUUGACUGAGAAUCCCUUCUACACAUUUGGACAGCUGGGUAGUAAAAUAAAAGGUGUUGUAGAGGCCUUCACGGGAAGCAAGGUUUCACAAAAGAAUGAGACACAUCCAACAGAGGAGGAAAAAUCUAUCCUCCCUCAAAUGGUUCACUGUGAAGAAGGUGGUGGUGACUCACAAGAGAUGUUAGCUGCUAUUCCAGUCACGGAAGCGGAGGAGAUCCAGCAACAAACUGAGAGUAAAGGCGAAACCAAACAAGAAGAGAAGUCUGAAUCCAAAAUGUCUACUUUUGCGGAAGAGUGUUCAGAGGAGAUGGAGAAAGAAACAGGAUGGCAAGUUAAAACUUCUUGUGAGUCCGAAGAUGGACCUGAGUGUGGUGUAAUAGUUUUCCAAGAAACCUCUGACCCAACUUACAGUUUUCUAGAUCAGGAGGGUGAGAAGGAGAUAGUUUCUAGGCCGCAGGAGAUCUUAGUUAGUCCUGAUGAUACCAAACCAGACGUAAGGGAAGUGGAAGAGAUUCCAACACCUAAUGAGAGUUUGAGUACAACUCAAUUAGAUGAAAGUGUUGGAACUAUGGUGUCUUUUGCGAGAGAAAGCACUCCUGAGCCAGGAAACAUACACGAGGAGACAGAGCACAAGGCUCCCAGGCGAAGAAGAGUUUGGAAGACCUCUGAAGACGUCUACAAUAUGAUAAGGGCACCGAAGGGAAACAAAAGGCAUUGGCAGCUACCAAGUGUUGAAACAGAAACUACACAGAGGUCCUUUCAAAUGGAAGGUGUAAGGAUCCAUGAUUCUAGUGAGGAAAUAGAAAGCACAUCUGAGCAAGCCAGUGAUUCAGGAUUGCAAGAAAAUUGGACCGUUCUUAAACAAAUGUUUAGGCAGAUGUUCCAGACAACAGAUACUACUAAGGGAGAGGAUGAAACUUAUUGCUUGGUGGAAUCUGAAAAGGAGCAUAUUGAUAUCCAUCAAGAAGCUGGAGACGAGAAUGGGAAAGAAACUUCUUACUGCCAAAUUACUGGUACAGAUAGAUAUGAAGAGAAUGAAUUGGAGACGGAGGAUAAAGCCUAUGCACAUACCGUAGAAGAUGAAGAAUUGGAGUCUGAACAAGAAACAAACUGUAGAGAAGAGGAAGGUAACGUAGAAGUGCAUGGAAAAACGUCUUUGGUCCGUGAACUAAUUGGAGAAGAGGAGCCGGAUGCUACUGGAAUGGCUAGUGACCAAGAUGAUGAAUACGUGCCGGAAGUAUUUGAAGAAGCUGGCUGGGCUCAAGGACUUUCUGAACUUGAUGAGAUCAGAGAGCAUCCAGAUUCUCAUGCUGAAAUGCUUGAAUAUGAUCGUAGUGAGACGGAUUCAAACAAAUCUUGCGAGAAAUUUGACCAAACGCGGGAACUAGCAGAGGAAACCAAGAUCGACUGUAGCGUAGAUACUGACACCAGCAGGUCAUCUUUUGAAACUAGACAAGGUGAUUCACAUACUGAGGAGGUUGGCUUCGAGCAGGAUCUCAGGGAUCAGUUCCAUGAGAAAAACAGUGCUGCCAGUAGCACGGAAGAGCACGUUGAAGAAAUAGAUACUGAUUCAAUUCAAAGUGGUUGGAGCGUUGACGAUAAAAUCAAGUCUUAUGUUGAGGAAAGUUUGGCUGCUCAUAUGCAGGAUGGAGGUGCAAGUAAGGUUGAAGAAAUAGAGGAACCCAAAGAAGAAUCUGAUGACAUGGAAACAAGUCUAAGUGAAGAGAAUAAUGAAGAUAAGACGGAACAAGAGCACCGGUUUGAGUGUCAAAAGGAGGAGGUAGAUCGAAACAAUGUAGAGUCAGCCGAGUCUUCCUGUUGUUUGCCGAAAGGAGAUGAAGAAAUUGGCGCAGCAACAGAUAUAAACAUGAAAGAAAAUGAGGGAGAGGAGAGUUGUCGAUCAUCUACUUCUGAUGCUUCACAAAAAGAAGCAGACCGAGUUGAGAAACAUCUGAAAAAGAAAGAUGAAGCAAAAGAAAAAGAAAGAGCGAAAGAGAAAGAGAGAUCAAUGGUAGAAAGAGCUAUACGUGAAGCCCGGGAAAGAGCCUUUGCUGAUGCUAAGGAAAGAGCAGGAAAAGCAGCAAUGGAGAAAGCAAAAGCGAGAGUUCCCCGAAGAGUUGCUUCUGAUGGUCCAAGGAGAUCAGAAAAGGCAUCUGUUGAGGUAAAUGAUAAGUUGUCAUCAGCUGAGAAGGCUUCAAUGCAAGCCAAACUCAGAGCCGAGCGUGCUGCUGUAGAGAGAGCACUCUCUGAGGCCAGAGAACGUGCCCUAGAAAAAGCAUUGUCCGGUAAGUUUGAUGCUUCUCAAACGAGAAGUUAUGGUGGCAGCAAGUCAUUUGGCUCUUCUGGUGAUAGACGAGGCUCCUCAUCUUCUCAGGGUACAGAGAAUAAAAGUUCGGGUCCUUCUAGUUCUUCAAACCAGACUGCCAAAGCUGAGCCAAUCCAGAGAUGCAAAGCUAGGUCUGAGAGACACCAGAGAACAUCUGAGCGUGCGGCAGAGGCUCUUGCAGAGAAGAAACUCCGUGAUCUCAAAGUCCAGAAAGAGGAGGCAGAGAGAAAUAGGCUCUCGGAAGCUCUUGAUGCUGAUGUCAAACGGUGGUCGAAUGGAAAGGAAAACAACCUGCGGGCAUUGCUCUCAACACUCCAAUACAUACUUGGAGCAGAGAGUGGAUGGAAACCAAUCCCUCUCACUGAUCUUGUUUCAAGUGCUUCUGUGAGAAAAGCUUACAGAAAGGCAACUCUUUACGUUCAUCCCGACAAGCUUCAACAACGUGGCGCAUCCACACAACAGAAGUACAUUUGCGAAAAGGUUUUUGACCUUCUCAAGGAAGCGUGGAACAAAUUUGGUGCAGAUGAACGAUAAGUAAGAUGAUGUGAACCAUUACCCCAUUAUCAGCAGUGACCCAAAAAAUCAGAACUAACCAGCUCAAUAACUAAAACAAGUACAUGAUCAAGCUAUGAUAUGGGAUGUAGACAGAUCUAGAGAUGUAAUAACCAAUAAUAUAAACAUUUGUAUUCAUGAGUCAUAUAUAUAUAAAAGUAGAAGCUCAUUCUUA